AUGUCAAUCAAUUUAGAACUUCUUUUUGAUUUCAAAUCUCAAGAUAAAUUCGAUAUCCAUCCUCGACCAUCCAACUAUACAAAUUUUAUGGAAGAAUGGUUAAAAUCGAUUAAUUUAUCAAAAUACUAUCCUAAUUUUAAAUUGGCAGGUUAUGAUAACUUUGCUUAUUUAAUAUAUCAAGAAUAAAGUCAAUACAAAUUAACAAGUUAAGAUUUUAAAGACUGUUUUUUAUUGAAAGUGAAAACGUUAGAUAAUUACUAAUUGCUCAUAUAACCAUUAGUAUUUACAAAUCUUAUUUUUAUUAGUUUGUGAUAAAAUGA